GUCAGCGGCGCUGCUAGCUUGCUGUCUGGUCCUGUGUGUCCUGAAUGAAUGACAUCAUGCAGGCUGCUGUUUGCGUCGGGCUGCGAGCGGACUCCUUCAGACAGUAACGGGUAAUCUGGGAGUGUCAUCUAAAGCCAGCCGUUAAAGCUGCGCGCGGUGUAAAGUGAUGCAGCAGAAGUUGUGUUCCCGAGGUUCUGGAUCCUUCCUUUUAGAGAGGAACGGCCAGGCCUGCGGUGCGAUUGUGGACGCUGUCACUCCCUGUGACCUCCCCUUCCGCUGUCCCCGCUGUGGUGAGCAGGAGCGUUUUCGCAGUUUGGCUUCCCUCCGCGCUCACCUCGAGUACCGCCACUCGUAUCGCUCACCAGACAUGGUCACUGGAGGGUUCAGCAUCACCGGGAAGCUCCCCGACCCGCUGACGGCAGCUAUCCCGUGGCACGACAUGAGCCUCCCGACGCGUAGGGGGCAGCAAAGUACAGGGAGGCCGCCUCAUGUCCGCUCCCUCAGCGACAGCAGAGACAGCGGAUACCUCCACUCAUAUGGGUCUGCGAGGAGGCGCACCCAGAGCGUUGGGGUAGGGACGCAGGCGGAGGAGGACGAGGAGGAGGAUGAGGAAAUCGAUCUGGGGACAGAAGACGAAGAUGUGGAAGAGGACGAGGAGGAGGAGGACGAUGAGGGUGAAGAGAGAAGUGGAAGUAGAAAUGAGGAGGAUUUGAAAACCUCAAAAAAGUCAGACCAUCACCACAUCAACCACCAUCACCUCCUCUUCCCGCCUCCAGCUCCUCUUGGCCCUCCACCGGACCCAGAUCUGGACCUGGAUCUGGAUCUGACUGAGCAGAACUCCUACUCCGGUUUGGAGACAGCAGCAGCCUCGGCCGCAGUGCGGCAGCGGCUGGCCAGCAUCCUGCGGGUGGCUGAUAGCACCAUGCAGCGCCGGCUGGCCAGGGUGAGCACCGAGCUGGCUCAGACCGACACGGAGCUCCUGUGUGAGCGUGCUCACUCGCAGCAUCUGGCCCAGGAGAGGCAGGAAGUUGCAGACAAGGAGAGGUCGCUUAGCCGACAGGUGGAUGUGGCUGUCAUGGUGAUUGCCGCGCUGAGGGAGCAGCUCAACGCCUCAGAGAACGAGCUGGAGCGGCGAGAGAGGGAAGUGUUAACCAUCCAGAAGUUUCUGGAGGCGGCAGUUCGCCAGGAGACGUGCGGCAAAGUUCGAAUCCAGCGCUUCAUCGAGAAUCUGCUGAGACGUAUCGCUCUGGCCGAGAGGCUGGUGGAGUAUUACCAGGUCAACGGUAGUCCGCCACAGUGCAACCACUACAAGCAGCACCAGCAGAAAACUGAUAACGGCCCUCACAGAAUAACUAAGAGCAGGUCAGCAGGAGGUCAGCUGUCCUCGUCUGGUCUUGCUGACAGCAGAACUCAGUCCUCGUCCCAGUUCGGCGGACGUCCUCUGUCCUCAAAACCAGGCGGAGACCGAGAUCGGGAGCGGGAACACCAGGAGCGCCUAGCUCAGUCAUCCCGGCUGUUCUGCCGGCCUGAACACAGAGACGACAUCUGGAACCAUCAGCGGCGCCGGUCCACUGGGUACGAGACCUAGACCAGCAGAGAAAGACCAGAGGGAGGGGUGUCGGGGGCAAGACUUUAUUACACAAUGACUUCAUUCCAGUACGUUAACCUAUGGAAAAGUAGCACAUGCUCCCAUCAGCAUCAGACUUGUUUUACACCACUUCUCAUCGUAAAGCUGGAUUUGUUAGUCUGACUUGAGCUUACAAACUCACAGGAGGGUGUGUCCAAAAUAACAAAUAUUAAACAGUACUAACUAUUUUUGCAUCAUUGCAAAUUUAGACCAAAUUUUCUAAAAAGAUUUUAAAAAGGAUUAUUUUUGUAUCUGGCAAAUUAUUUAAAAAUAUUUAGAUAUUCAUACUUUAUUGCUUCUCCUCCUGAAAACUCCAUAAAUGACAUGUGGUCUCUAAUAAUAAUGGAGGGAAAACUAUAUAUAAAAGAUGGACGUAGCUUCCAGGUCUGAGAAGUGGUGCCAGUGUGGAAGUGCCUUAAACCUGCAUUCUUUCUAAUGGCCAGCAGGGGGCGGAGUCUGAUGACAAGAAGAAGGCUAUGAGACCAGUAAAGGUUCGGCUUGCUUGGUUUUUGACCCAGUACAUCCAGCUUUUACAUAAAAUCUAUUGGAUAAUAAAAUUCUGAAGAUGAUAACAGAGUAUCAUGGCUGCUUCCUCCUAACAGGGUUUACAACGUAAAGCAAUAACAAAUAUGACUCCAUGAGCUCUUUGCAUCAGGCACAUUCCACUUUUAAUUGCUUGCAUUGUGUUGCUGUAAUUUUGGUACUUUUCCAUAGAUUAUUAAACUGGAGUGGACCAUUGUAAACUGUUACACUUGGUUAUUUUUCCUUUGGAUGUAUGAGUGGGUAAACCUUCGAUAUUAAAACAUAGAACUGGAUUCUGUCUGUUAAGUAUAAUAGUUCAUUUUAUCUUCAGGUACAAAGACGUGUUUUAUAUUCGUCUGUUGAUUUAUGAUUUAAUGCCCGUCUGAUCACAGAAUUUGAUGCCUGAUGACACGUCCUCUCCUCUGGUCAGACCUUCACAUCCUGGCCUGGUUCGCUCAAAAACUCCUGAUCAGUCAAGCUAUCGUAUCUCUGCCUGUGCUUUCUAAGCCAAACCAUCACCCGGGAUCGUCUUGAUAGUUUAAGAUUUGUUUAGUCUGUUCAGUCACAUCUUAACAACCCAUCACGAGUGAAACUUUGGGUUUCUGCUGAAGAAGGAGGUACAAGGAGCUAAAUUAUUACUAUUCCAAGAGGAAUCCUGGGUCUUUGCCUUUGCACGGUACACCCAACUCCACUGUCUAUCGUUUCUGGCCGUGACUGUUUUGGACUGUGCCCAACUGGUUCCAUGUUUCAAGGCUGCUUCCAAGGUCUGGUCAAAUCCCUUUCCGCUCAUAGUCUGGGCUGUUCCUUUCCAAGAGAGGGUCCUGGUAUGUAAAGAGUUUGCAUGGCCACAGUCCUUUUUCUGUGCUUGACGGAACCAAAUUCAGUGCCAUUGUAGUGGUGGCUAUUUUAGGUGAUACCCAACUCCAGCUCUUUUGGGCUCCACCCAUCACCAUUACCCCUGGUGUGGCUUUGCUAGCUUCUGGGCAACAUUUAUCGCUUCUAGUUGUCAGUUUUUAUUGAGGUUACUCAGAAAAGAAAACCAAACAGACCUGGGACCUGUUCGCCUUGGAAAACUCGCAGGGUUUUUCCUCAAACAGUGCUGUUCCCAGGAUCACAGAGGCACACAAGGAUAAUGAGGUGAUUCUUCAGUGAACGUAUCUGGGAAAAUUAAUAUCUCAGAAUCUCAUCCAUGAGUAAAGUGAUAAUAAGACUGAGGGUGAUGUGGUUGAGGUGGUUUGAGCAAUUAGGAUGCUUCCUUGGCAGAGGUUUUCCAGGCAGAGGAGACUCUGAGUAAGGUUGAUUUUCAGUGAAGGCCUCCUUGUCAGCACUGAUUUGGUUUUUAAAGCACAGGCACGAGUUCGAUGAUGCCAGACCCGGAUCAAAUAUGUUCAGCAUGUAGCUGAGAGGAGUUUCCUUCGAAGAUGGAUCUGCUUUUGAUGCAUAGAAAGAAAAAAUCACAACAGGUGAUAAAUAAAAAUGGAGGAAACAGCUUCCUUCUACUCUACUCAAAUAAGGACGAAAUGUUGCAGAAAUGGGCAGUGAUAUUUUAGCGGUGGGUUUGAGAUGUGGCGCUGACAUGCUGCCACCACCAUCUCGACUCCAGUCCUCUGGACUUUGGUUGUGGACACUUGUUGGGGUAAAAUUAUCUGUAGCUGCUCGGUUGGCUGUCUCUUAUCAUAACAUUGAGGCCAGGGCAAAAUGCAGGACCUCGAUAUCGUGUCUUGAAUCAUUACUGCGACGUCUGUAGAUGAUGUCACACGUCCUAGACGAUGACGCCCAUUUCUAAGAUGUUUUAGCUUCACUUCUAAGGAGCUGUCAUGCUAUCCAUCUGUGAGAAACUUACCGAUCUGCUGCCAAAGCAGGAUUUCAUCACUGGUGUGGUGGACGUAGAAAAACCCAAACAGCACAACUUUUUGGAUGGUUUGUCCCAUUUCAGACAAUCUGAACUGAAAAAAGACCCGAGGGCUUGUUAGCGUAGCCGACGUCCAUUAAUGGAGACGGUUGAAAAUAGUUCCCAACAAGUGCAGAUGCUUUUGGUGAAGCUAGGCUUGCUUUUUUGAAUAUAGCUGUCCAGGUACAUGAAGGAGCGGUUUGGCCCAGGUCUGGAGGACGCCACACACUUAACGAAUGUAUGAGUUAAUUUAUAGCUCACAGUGAAACGAUGCCGUGCUUCAAGUCCCGACGUUUCGGGCUUUAGCUCGCGCUCCUUCACGUUUAAACGGGUGGAGAUUCUCCAAUCACACACGAAUGACGUUGCGUCAGCGCUUUCAUCCAAAGUGACUUAACAGUGCCGUGAAUGCGUACCGUCCAUUUGCAGUAUUCUUAACGACUCACGACGGCUUGUUUAACAGAAUCAUUCCUCGAUCCGUUUACAUGUCUGCACUCAUCUAAUGUUAGAAUGUAAAUGUAAAAAAGGCAGUAUUUGGUGUAAACUGUAUCUUUGCUGUCGUCGGUUUAGGUUUUGUUGAUGGUGUUGAUAUUUUAUAUACAGAGCUGUUUCAUGUCAUCAAGUGGAGGCUGUGGUCCUAGAGUACUAUAACUUGGCAGGACUUUUGUAUGACUUGCAAAUAGAAAUCAUUUUAUGUCUAACAGGGUGUCUGCAGGUUCUGGAAACAUUUUAGUAUUUCCUCAAUUAUGUCAUGCAAAUUCGUCUUGGAAACAUGUAAUUAUGGAAGUAUAUUACCCUGCUGCUGCUGAGACGCUACAGCAUGAAAUACUAUCUGUAUUAUCUAUUAUUCUCUCUUUCUUUCCAGUUAGUCGGUGUGAAUUUGACUUCGGAUUGACCUUGUCAGAUCUUCGAGAAUUGAGCUUCCAGGCACCCUUUUUGAAUUUCAGAUUUACUGGGAUAUUUUUAAAGCCAAUUAUAUGUUUGUGUUUUCAUUGGAAUCAAACUGAGAUGUGAGAAGUUUGGUAGUAAUGUAGAGUAUAUCUUUGAUAUUAAUGUUCUGUGGUCAAAAAAUGGAUUUGUGGACCCUGAAACGCUAUUCUUGAAUUUCGCUGCUCGGAGAAACCUGAUGCAGAUGGAUCUGGAUAAACCGACCACUGAGCACUGCUGUUGUUGAUAUAAAAACCCCAUAACUUGAUGUGACCUGUUGUGCGUAUAACAGGAGUAGAAGAUCCUAUAAUGGGAAAAGUUUUUCCUAGAAAGUGGAAUCUUCUGUCAUUUGUGACGUCAGUUUUGGCCCCCAAUGGCAACACCAGCAGGUAUAAGGAUGGGCAUUAAGCUUAGUAUCACGGAGUGAUACCACCCAGCAGAUUACUAAUGACUAACCUCGUGCUAUGGAUGGAUCAUCCCAGAUUUUUUCGCGGUUGAAGUUUGCUCAGUAUUUUAGCCUCUUUUCAUUCAGUGGCUCUGUGCACGUCUGGUUCCUCCACCUACAAGUUGCUGAAUUUCAUGAAGUUUCUCGAGGUUUCUGGUUACUUCAUCACUGCUGGGCUCUUCCUGUGUGGACGCCAGUGUAGUCUGCCGGUGAGGGAUGACUUACUAGCUUUAAGUUUUGGGGUUUUUUAUUCAGACAACAGCAGAUCUCUUGGAAGUGUGCGGGCGUUGGGUUCGACUCUGAACUGCUUCCUGUUGUGUAUCUGGAAAAUGGUAGAAGAUGCAUGAAGCAGCCCUACUACUACCACUACUACUACUACUACAUAUGUAGCUAUUGUGUUACUGUGAAAGCAUGCUUCAUAUGUAGCAAAAAACUCCUAUAAAAUACUGUUAUCUUGUACUACCAUGUGUACUUUUGUAGCAGAGCGAGGUCUAUUUUAAUGGUAUUUGAAGGAGAGUUGCACUAAACCAUCCAAGAGAGCUUUUCUUGGCGCUGUUGGAUGUCAUUCGAUGGGAAGAGGGAUGCAUAACGGACAAUCAGCAGGGUUCGUGCACAGGUUUGAAAGAGUUUUGAAAUGUCUGGGGUGAUCGAUGUGCAAGAGGCGGUUCAAGUGUGUAAGAAAAGAAAAGUAUUGUAACUGAUGUAUUGUUUGUUUGAAUAUGACUCUCUGCCUUUCUUGCAGUAAGGUGGUAGAGGUGACGUUAGCUUUUCUGUUUGCGUAAAACUGUUCUAGCAGCAGCGUUCUGUUUGAUAUUCUUGAUUUCUGUUGAUUUUUAUUUCUCUUUUGUCCGUAGGGAUUUCAUUUGCAGAAGUAAUCUCUAGUUUUGUGCCUUCACUCAAGAACUCUGUAGUCUGUAAAAAAACAAAAAAAAACAACAAAAAAAAAAAAACCACAAACUUAAAAAAACACUGUGCAAAAAUGCAAUACUGUGAAGAUCUGGAACACUUUAUGUUGAAUCCCGUCGGUCGGUAUGUGUGAUAGCCAUCGAAGAUUAAAGAACAAAUAUGACGCCAA